GGAAGUAAACAUGACUCUUAAUAGCGCAGCGUAUAUUGCGUUAUUUAAGUUCUUCUCCAACAGGAGCAGGCACAUUACUAACGAAAUCUUUUUAAGAAGAUCAAAAAGAAAGAGAGCUAGAUUUCUUGCUAUGGCGUUUUGUGGGGCAGUAAUAGCAACGUCCGUACAGAGAAGCGUGUGGGUGCGGAGUCGAAGCCAGGAAUGGUGGGAUAGCGAUGUGAGCGGCUUUAGUGAUAAGGAGUUCCUUCAUAACUUUAGAAUGAAAAAGGCAACCUUCAUGUGCGUCUGUGAACGGCUCUCUUUAGCGCUCUCACGCAAAGACACACAUCUUCGGCGGGGCAUACCAGUGAGUAAAUGCGUUGCCGUGGGGCUGUAUUGGCUAGCUACAGGUGCUUGCUAUCGCACAAUAGCCAACCUCUUUGGCAUAGCCAAGUCCACCGUCUGCUCCCUGGUCCACGACUUCUGUAAAGCUGUUUGUGAUAUCCUCAUGCCGGAGUACAUAAAGCUACCCCAGGGGGAGGAUCUGCAGGAGGUCAUUGAAGGCUUCAAACACAGAUGGGGUUUCCCGCAGUGUGGAGGAGCAAUAGAUGGGAGUCAUAUCCAAAUAAUCGCCCCAGAGGAGAACCACACAGACUAUUUUAAUCGCAAAGGGUGGCACUCAGUUAUCCUGCAGGGGGUCGUGGAUCAUCGAUUUUGCUUUACCAACAUUUAUGCUGGAUGGCCAGGAAGCGUCCACGAUGCCCGGGUUCUGAGGACUUCCAAUGUUUAUUGCCUGGCAGAGGGGGGAGCUUUUUCCACCAAUCACUGAAGAGAUAAUGGGUAUUCAAGUGCCAAUCAUGCUGCUUGGUGACCCUGCUUACCCCCUUCGAAGCUGGCUGCUCAAAGGAUAUUCAGACACAGGAGCGCUGACAGCCGAGCAACGAUGCUUCAACGAACGCCACAGCAGAGCCAGGAUGACAGUGGAGUGGGCCUUUGGUCGGCUGAAGGGCCGGUGGAGAUGCCUUGGUAAACGCCUAGAUGUGGACAUCUCUGCUGUUACCAAUGUCAUAAGUGCAUGUUGCACACUCCACAACAUGUGUGAAAUGCAUGGUGAGGCCUACGAGGAACCUGGUGCACCUGUUCCUCCCAUUGAAAGAUGGGCAGAAGGAGGUGAUGUAGCAGAUGUGCAGCCCGCAAGAGUCAGAGAAGCACUCACUCAGUUUUUCAGUAACCAACGUUGAAUUACCAACAUUUUUAUUUUUGGUGGUCCACUGUUAACACACAUGUUCAAACAUGUUUUGUUCAAUAUCAGAAAAAUAAAGUUUUCAACAAUGUUACCAGUUUUUGCUGGUAAAAUA